AUGAACUCGACACCAUCAAGCUCCUCAGCCUCUCCUAGUUUUGAUUAUUAUCUCAUUUUGGAUUUUGAAGCUACGUGUGAUGACAAAAUCAAAAAUUUCCGAAAUGAAAUUAUUGAAUUUCCCACAUUGGCCAUCAAUGCCCGAACAUUGCAAACAGAUUUUGAAUUUCAUUAUUAUGUAAAACCAAAAGAAAAUAAGAUUUUGACUCAAUUUUGUAAAGAAUUGACUGGAAUUCAACAAGAAUGGGUGGAUGCUGGCGUGGAGUUUGAAACAGUCAUGAAAUUGCACAAUGAAUGGAUGAUGGAGAAUUUCAUUAACAAGAAUUUGAAAUUUGCGUUUGUAACCUGUGGUGAUUGGGAUCUCAAAACCAUGAUCACCAAACAAUGUCGAAAAGAACAAAUCAAAGUUCCUUCCUACUUCUCUUCUUGGACUAAUUUAAAAAAAGUAUAUUCGAAAUUAUUCAACAAAUCCAUUCAUGGAAUGACUUGCAUGUUGCAAGAUUUAAAGCUGGAUCUAAUUGGAAGACAUCAUUCAGGAAUUGAUGAUUGUAGAAACAUUGGUCGUGUUGUUGUUGAAUUGUUAAAACAAGGAAAACCUGUGAACAUCACAUCCAAGAUUGAAGAUUUUGAAAAUGAGUGGAAAAACAAAAAGAAUAAAAAGUAA